ACAAGAUGUAUAAGCUGGUCCUCGCUGCUGUCGUUGUGGUCACAGUCGCCGCCCGUCCCUCCGACCCCUACGGACCGCCCCCUCCUGCUUACCCGGAUACCCCAGCCGAGUAUCAGUUCAGUUAUGGAGUGAAGGACGACUACUCCAAGAACGACUACGGUCACUCGGAAGACCGCAGCGGCUAUAACACCCAGGGACAAUACCAGGUCCUGUUGCCCGACGGCCGCGUGCAGACGGUGGAGUACUCGGUCACAAAGGACGGAGGUUUCGUCGCUAAUGUCGUGGCCAAGGGAGUCAGUGCCUACAGUUAAAUGUUCUCUGGUCCUAUAGCAUACAUGUGAAUGUGUAGUUGUUUUACUGUUUAUGUAAAUAAAUGUGAUUUAUAAA